AUCUAAGGUUAUGCCUAAAGUUUAGAAAUCAGCAAAGUGCAAGGACUUGAAUAAUCUUUUUUUCACUGAUGUCGUUUAUGGCAAAUGAAAGCUUGAUUCUUCACCUUUAAAAGAAAAAUUGUAUUUCUAUGAUUGUAUUUUCUGUACUUGUUACAACGGUUAGAAAAAUUCGUACAUAAAUUCCGACCUAACACAAGUACCUGUUAGGGAACUCGAAUCCCAAACAUUAUUUUAUCCACUAUACAACCUCAGUUUAACACACGAACAUGCCGUGUUUGACCAACUCUUUUGCAAUGGCACGAAAAAUAGCCAAUAUCAGCUAAAGAACAACGAAAAUUAAAAGUUUUUUGAACCACUAUAAUAUCUAGAGAAGAAAUGUUCCCACAAUGUUUAAAUGAUAAGAUAGAAUUCAUUUUUUUAACUGAUUUUGCAUAAAAGCCCGAAAUCUAUGAAAGUACUAGUGAUCGAUCUGAGAUAAUAAUCGUUAUUUUGUUUUGUUUUCCAGUAAACGCGUCAGGCGAACUACUUCGUGGCACAUCUCUCACAAAUCAGAUUUCAAUUUUCACUCCACUCAAGAGAUGAACAACGCUUAUCCUCACAAUGAGAAUAGCUCUACGACAAACUGUACAAAGGACGAUUUUUACGUGCAACCGCGGUCCACAUCGCAAUGGGAAGAAAAAAGACAUAACAUGAUUCUAGAUAACAUACACAAUGAAUUUAGUACUCCGAAUGCGCACACGAAAAAGUACAAUCAAAAUUCUUUGCAAUCGGGGAAGAAUCGAAUACGAUCCUCGGUACGUCGAGUGUCGUCGUUCCAUGGUAAUGAACAAACCAAUUCAGCGCAUUCAGAUGACAAAAAUGAAAACUUGAAGAAGUCAAGCAGCCAGCAAAAUGUGGUAUUAAAUAAUACGCCCGUGACCAAAUCGAAGACACCGACUUCUUGGAAAGACGCGAAAGGAUAUUUCCAGACGAACCAAACGAACACCCCGAUCAAUCAAACUGGCCGUGCGUCGAUCGCGAAAUUGAGAACUCAGAACGCCGGGAUGGUGCUGGCUAAGGCUAAGCUGUUCGACGAAUGUACCGCGAAAGUGUACAGUACCCAGAACUUCGUAGCGAGUAAAAAAAACGGUCAAUGUCCGGAUAACGUGAAGCAAAGCUGCGAACGGAAAUCGAGUAAGAAUGCAAAAAGCAGAUAUCCGAAAGCAGCGAAACAUACUCCUCCUCCAAGUAUAGAGACUGAGAAAGAUCAGAUCGAAACGUGUUAUUACAUUCCCAAUGACUCCGCGAAUCACAAAGAGAACGUGGUUAAAACAUCACCUUUGGUGAGGAAAAUACCUAUAAAUACAAUAAUGCAUGAGCCAAGACUGAACGUGUACAAAACGGACAGUGUAUUAACUUGUAAAACGCCGAAUAUAAAGAAGCCGUUAACAGUAAAGACGCCUAAAAGUGGAAAGGCGUUAGUUAGGAAAUCUACUGUAGAAACUCGCAGGACACCUUUGAAAGCUGUUAGUCAAUUAAGCACCCCGAAAUAUCAGAGUCCUAAAAGCAUUUUAAAGAUGUCAAGGAACAUCAGUAGAUACACUUAACGAACUCGUCGAAGAUGUGUUCGAUUGAUUAAUUAAAUUAGCAAGCUAUAAAAUGGUGAAACCAUCGAAAGAUUGUUAGAAACAAUUUAUACAGGGUAAGUCGCCUGAGGCAAGCCACC